AUGGAGUCCAUCUCCGCCUGGGGCAUCUUCUGCUCGGGGGACUCCUACCUGGUGCUGCACAAUGGGCCUGACGAGCGAGCUCACCUGCACCUCUGGAUCGGCCGGGACUCGUCGCGGGAUGAGCAGGGCGCCUGCGCCCUGCUGUCCACCCAGCUCAACGCGCUGCUGGACGAGCGCCCCGUGCAGUACCGCGAGGUGCAGGGCAACGAGUCCGACGUCUUCAUGGAGUACUUCCCCCGCGGCGUCAAGUACCAGCCCGGCGGCGUGGACUCGCCAUUCAGGAGCCCACAUCCGGCCACCGCCUCGGGCCCCGUGCUCCGGCUCUACCAAGUGAAGGGCAGGAGGAACAUCCGGGCCAGCGAGCGGGACCUCAGCUGGGCCAGCUUCAACACGGGUGACUGCUUCAUCCUCGACCUGGGCGAGAGCAUCUUUGUGUGGUGCGGGGCCAAGUCCAACGUGCUGGAGCGCAACAAGGCACAGGACCUGGCUGCCGCCAUCCGGGACGGCGAGCGGCGUGGCAAGGCCCACGUGGAGGUUGUGGCUGAUGGCGAGGAGCCCCCCGAGAUGCUCCAGGUGCUAGGUCCCAAACCCGCCUUGCAGGAGGGCAGCCCCGAGGAGGAUGUCAUGGCCGACCAGAAGAAUGCAGGGGCGGCUGUCCUCUACAAGGUGUCGGACGCCACAGGGCGCAUGGACCUGAGCCAGGUGGCAACCAGCAGCCCCUUCAGCCAGGACCUGCUCUGCACCGACGACUGCUUCGUGCUGGACAACGGCGCCUGUGGCAAGAUCUACGUGUGGAAAGGGCGCAAGGCCAACGAGCAGGAGCGCCAGGCGGCCCUCAGGGUAGCCGAGGAGUUCAUCGCCCGCAUGGGGUACUCGCCCCGGACCCAGGUGGAGAUCCUGCCCCAGGGCCGUGAGAGCCCCCUGUUCAAGCAGUUCUUCAGCAGCUGGAAAUGAGAGACCGGCCACCACGCAGCGACAGCGCCAGGCCUGGGACAGCGCCAGGAUCUUCCCCCACUCUGUGCUGGUGUCUUCUGCAUGCCUAUGCUCUCUCCAUGCUCAUGCCAUCUCCAUGCCCAUGCUCUCUCCAUGCCCAUGCCAUCUCCAUGCACAUGCCAUGUCCAUGCCCUGCCAUCUCUGUGCCCACCAUCCCCUUGCCCAUGCCAUGCACCUGCCCACACCAUCCCCAUCCCCAUGCCGUGCCCACACCCUGCCCAUGCCCACACCACAUCCAUGCCAUCCCCAUGUCUACGCUGUGCCCACACCUUGCCCAUGCCCACCCCAUCUCCAUGCCCACGCUAUGCUCAUGCCAUCCCCACACCAUCCUCAUGCCUUCAUCAUGUCCAUGCUGUCCCCAUGUCCAUGAUGUGUCAAUGCCCACACCAUCCCCACACCUUCACCAUGUCCAUGCCCUCACCAUGCCCAUGAUGCACCAAUGCCCACACCAUCCCCCCUGUGUUCACCAUGUCCAUGCCCUCACCGUGUCCCUGAUGUGUCAACGCCCAUACCAUCCCCAUGCCUUCACCAUGACCAUGGUGCCCAUGGCAUUCUUGGUUUUCCACCACUGUGCCCAUGCCCACGCCAUGCCCACACCAUCCCCAUGCCCAUGCUGCACCCAUGCCCACCAUGCCCAUGCCAGCCCCUUGCCCACGCCAUGCCCACGCCAUCCCCAUGCCCGUGCCAUCACCCUCAUCCUGCACCCAGGCCCUGGUGAAUAAAGG